AUGUAUCACGUCCACGUUCAUUUAUGUGAAUUCGACAACAAGCUACCUACCGGUUCUUCCAGCUGUGAUGUCGUCUCUCCUGCUUCCAGUCGUCUUCAUCAACACGAUCUUCAUCAUAAGCCUACUACGUCUGCAUCAUGUUUUGCUGAUAAUAACUCUUUUCUAAGCGAAGGAGCAACUUUGGGCCAAAAUACAGUUGUGACUUCGUCCAGCACCAGUUUUACCAACAUUACAUGCACAUCUGGUGUACUGGAUUCAUUGCCAUUAAUGACAGAAGAUGCCAUCGGUUCCAAAGCUCUGACAAACAAAAGCAAGACUCAGUCACCUCUGUUAAUAUCCGGCAUUUCACCUAUCACUGGCUCAAUAAUGCUGGUAUCUAAUGUGAGUGCGCCCGACAAAACGCAAAGCGAAUCGGGACAAAAUGAGUCCAUCAAGCUGGGCUUAGGAUGGAAAUCUACGACUUCGGUACAUAAACUGUUAGACCGUGGAGAAAGUGAAAAGAGUGAGUAG